GUGAUAUGCUUUUUAUUUUUACCUUUAGAACUAAUUCCUGUAGAGAUAGCAAUCAUAAAUUCAUUACAUUUUGGAAAAGUAUCAGAUGAACGACAACGACAAGCAACAAGUGGCGCACCCAGAUGCUCAGUAUUGGAUAAACCACCUCAAGCUCCAGCCUCAUCCUGAGGGUGGUUUUUUUCGUGAGGUCACACUCUCCAACUAUGUUGUGACAAAUCAGAUUGGUAAGCAUCGCUUCGCUUACACCUCCAUUUACUUUUUGCUUACCGACAAAAGCCCUUCACAUUUUCACCGUUUGCCUUCGGACGAGGUGUGGGCUUGGCACGCAGGUGACCCACUCGACGUACAUGUUAUCUACCGAAACGACGACGAUGAUGAUCUUAUUUCCGCUUGUGAGGGCAAAGCAGCUGGGGAGGUGCCACGGCUGGACCCAGAGCACUUUCACGCGAACAGUUCCUUAACGCCUCCGCAUGUCCAGAUACGGAAGGAGGAGGCGUGCACGCAAGAGAAACCCGAGAAGACUUAUCAGCAGUACCACUGUGUAAAGGUAGGACCUAACGCCGAUCAGGAUGAGCGUUUUCAAUACACUGUACCCGCUGGGACCAUCUUUGGGAGUACGCUUGCGGAUGGUGGUAAGGCAGGCUAUACUCUCCUCAGCUGCAUUGUGAGUCCUGGCUUUGACUAUCGUGAUUAUGAGCUGUUCACACAGGAGCAGCUCAUGUCUAUGUGCCCUCAACAUGAAGGGAUUAUUCAGAAGUUGGCUUACAAGACUCUUCCUUUAAUUUAA